UAUAUAUAUGAAGAAGAUACAUGCACAAAUUAUAACCAAGGAGCAAAAAAAUCCCAGCAGCCUUCCCAAAAUCCUGCUCCUCACGGGUGAUAAUAUCUCGAGAAUUUCCACUAGCAUGAGCUUUUACGACCGUAAAGAAAUCGAUUGUCUAUGCUGCUCUAAUGGGCUGCUUUCACUCCAAAAUAACUAAACAUACCCCUGGUUAUGAGGACCCCACCAUUCUUGCUGCCGAGACACCUUUCACAGUGAGUGAAGUAGAAGCUUUGUACGAACUUUUUAAGAAGAUAAGCAGCUCCAUAAUAGACGACGGCCUCAUUCACAAGGAAGAAUUCCAGCUAGCACUCUUUAGGAACAGAAACCGGAGAAAUCUGUUCUCAGACAGGAUAUUUGAUUUGUUUGACUAUAAACGCAAUGAAGUGAUCGAAUUUGGAGAAUUUGUCCGAUCUUUAGGUGUAUUUCACCCUAAUGCACCAGUUUCUGACAAAGUUGCAUUUGCAUUUAGACUCUACGAUCUAAGGAACACAGGUUACAUUGAGAGGGAAGAGUUGAGAGAGAUGGUAUUGGCACUAUUACACGAAUCAGACCUAGUACUUUCAGAGGACUUUGUAGAAAUGAUUGUGGACAAGACAUUCUCUGAUGCAGAUACGAAAGGUGAUGGAAGGAUAGACCCAGACGAGUGGAAAGAAUUUGUAUCGAGAAAUCCAUCUCUCAUCAAGAAUAUGACUCUCCCAUAUCUCAAGGAUAUAACACUUGCGUUUCCUAGCUUCGUAAUAAGCUCGGAAGUUGAAGACUCCGAAGUGUAAAUCAACUUGCAGCUCUUUGGUAACUCCCUCCCUGUCACAUUUCGAGGAAAUGAACUUCAAGAAGGACAUACAUACAUAUUUAUGUAUAUACAGAUCAUACUUUUAUACAGCACGGAUCGAGUUUCUGUUAGCCGAAAGUGGAAGGUUUCGGGUUCUUGCUAUGGUUUUGCAGAUGAAUGUUUUUUGGGUUAUUUUUGUUGUAAUAUUAGUUUGAGGUUUGAAAUUAUGUUUUGUGUAGAAGGAAAUCCGUUGUCUAGCAUACGUAAUAAACUGGGCAUGGAUUUGUUUUUGUUAUUUUUAGUUUAGUAAAUAUUAAUAAUAGGGGCUAUUUGUCAAACACCCCUCAUUGAAUUUUGACUUCUUAAUAAAUCCAAUUUUUUUAAUUGA